UGUCUUGCUUUAGUUUUAUUAAAUUAAACUGUCUACUUCUCGUUUCUGGUAGAAGAUAGAAUAAAGCAAAAAGAGUCAGUAAAUCCAAAAUCUAAAUAAGAAUUAAAAUGGAGACCCUUUCAGCUGACAAACUGCAGCCUUAUCACGAAUAUAUUGUCGAAGAUCCUCCCCAGAUCGAGGUUAAUUGUCUGAUUCUUGAAACUCAAGAUGAAUCUGUUGAAACUGGAAUAGAUGCGGCCAAUGAUCGGGUUGCAGAUGGAUCAGGCGAAGAACCAUCUCUCCUCACCAUCGAAUACUACCAGCAGUACUUCAAUGUCGACACCUUCAUGGUCCUUAAUCGCAUCCUUAACUCCAUGAUGCCCAAGCGGGCGAAGAGCAAUUAUCUUCGUAUGGAAAUCAGCGAGAAUCCAGAUCUAUAUGGUCCCUUUUGGAUCGGCGUCACCCUGAUCUUCUCGAUAGCCAUCAGUGGAAAUUUAUUCAGUUACUUGCAAUAUGCCAGGAAUGACUACCAAUGGCAUUAUAACUUCAAAUUGGUAUCGUAUGCAGCCACUUGUAUCUUUAUCUAUGCUACUCUCUUGCCUGUUGUUCUUUGGGCCAUGUUCAAAUACAGCCUAAAGCCAGUGGAUUCUGUGGAAAUUAAUAGUGGCAGCUAUACCCCAACUCUGAUAUCGCUCUUGUGCAUUUAUGGCUAUAGUUUGGCUAUAUAUAUACCCGUUUCCAUUCUGUGUGUGAUCAAUAUAUCGAUGCUGAAGUGGCUACUGGUGAUCCUUGCGGCUUUGCUUUCGGGAUUUGUAUUGAUUGAUGUUAUGAAGCCGGCUUUAAGGAACUCAAAGUACUCAAGAUUUCUUAUAUUUGGAAUACUGAGUGCUCAUCUUAUAGUAUCUGCUGGAUUUCUGAUGUAUUUCUUUCAAAGUUACCAGGAGUCUUUGGUGACUACAACAGUUACCAAGACAGUGCCUGAAAAUCAUUAAAGCACUCACAAUAUUAUUAAAGAUAUGUAAAUAUAUAUAAUUGCAACAUAUUUUCCCCGCGUGUAACCAUAAAAUAAAACAAG